UGACAUGAAACCUGCUGACGAACAGACGUGUUGACGUUGGAGGCAACAUGACAAAUGAUGUGCACGAGGCACCGGGUCGAGGCUUUAUAAACGCGGUGACCACCGGGACCACGAGUAGCCGAACUCUCCAGACCUGCAGUGCAUCUCAGCUCCAGGACUCAUCGCAUCUCUCUUACUCCUUUUUUCAGAGCUAGGAAAACUAAACAAACACAACAGCUCCGACAUGAACGGCCACUGCAACGAGCUCAUCAUCGACUCCAAGAAGUCCGUCGUGCACCACAAGCACGAGACGUCCUGCAAAGAGGAGGAAGAGGACCUGUCCCGCCAUGCGCUCGAGGCCGCCUACACCAGCAUCCUGCGGGAGCUCGGGGAGGACACGAGCCGGCAGGGGCUGCUGCGCACGCCGCUGCGUGCAGCCAAGGCCAUGCAGUUCCUCACCAAGGGCUACCACGAGAACAUCGAGGACAUCUUAAACAAUGCCAUAUUUGAUGAAGAAGACCACAAUGAGAUGGUGAUUGUGAAGAACAUAGAUGUGUUUUCACUGUGUGAACAUCACCUGGUCCCCUUUUUUGGCAAGGUUCACAUCGGAUAUAUUCCCAACAAAAAAGUGGUGGGCCUGAGCAAACUGGCAAGGAUUGUGGAGAUCUUCAGUCGGAGGCUUCAAGUUCAGGAGCGUCUAACCAAGCAGAUUGCCACAGGAAUAGCAAAGGCUCUGGAGCCCAAAGGUGUAGCUGUGAUAAUUGAAGCAACGCACAUGUGUAUGGUCAUGCGUGGUGUGCAGAAGACGAACAGCCGCACAGUGACGAGCACCAUGUUGGGAGUUUACCUGGACGACCCCAAAACUAGGGAGGAGUUCCUGACUCUGUCCCAAGGGGUCUAACUGAUGUCAUUCCCUCCAAUGUCUUUGUGGCACACGCAGUAGAUCUGCACCUGACACAUACAAAUCAAGAGUAGGGAACCAAGCUGCCGUUUGAUGCAGGAUCCAAGCAACUUAUGGAGCUCACCUCAGUGAUGCCUGCUAGAUGUUAGUCCUGCAGCAGAAAUCCAUCACUGUGAAUUUAACAGGAAAUAUAAGACUCCAAUUCUUGGUGCCUUUAGUAGAUAUUUUAUAUGUAACAUCUAAAAUUGCGAUUUUGUUGUAAUUAAGAAUGAAACCAGAUGUUGGCAUCCCUCAAAACCGAAGAGUUUCUCUUUUUUACAAUGUGAAUGUCCUUGGUGCGUUUGCAGUGGAUCUCUCGCCGUUCCUUGCUUUAUUAUACUGUUUAAAUAUACUUUAAGUUCUACUUUAUUUUACAAUCCACAGAUGUUCAUAAUUUCAUUAACUAUGUGUCAUUACUAAAGCCUUUGUAAAGUAUCACAUUUGAGAAGUGAAUUAUUAUCUCUGUAGUCCAGAGUAGAGUACGUUAUGGAUUGAAUAGAUCUUUGCCUUUAUUGAUGACCAAUGUUAAAAUAAAUAAAAUAACUUUUAAAAUGUGAA